UAUUGUUUAAGAAUGGAAGAAGAUACAGACUAUAGAAUCAGGUUCAGUUCUUUGUGUUAUAUUAGUGAUCAUAUUGGAUUUUGUGGUACUAUAAAAAGCUCACCAAGUGAUUUUGUUGUUAUUGAGAUCGACGAGCAAGGACAAUUAGUUAACAAGGCCACUGAUGAACAUCUUUGCAAGAUUAAUAACAUACUACCUGAGCUAAAUAAUUUUGCCAAAAACCCAAAACUAGAUCUUCAGAGUUUACCCUUUGAAGGUGUACAUAACCAAGAGCUUGAUGAUUUAACUAGGUGUUCUGAUGGUGACCAAAAUCAGCAGUCUAGUUUAGAAAAUGAAGGCAUUGUCGAGUAUGAAAUUUCCAAAGGUGAAGAAGAAACAGCUGAUGUAUUAGACUGCAUACUAGAUGAAAAAACUAAUGAAUUACUGAAUCAGUUUGCCUGUGACAUAAAAGAGAAGUGGGAUUCUAAAACUGAGCUACUGGGACCAUCUCCUGAAUUCUCAUUAGGCAGAAUCAUUGACAAAGAACAGAGGGCCAGUUUACAUAGUGCUGUUAGGCAGAAAUUUCCUUAUUUAAUAACUGUAGGAAAAAACAGUGAAAUUGUUGUAAAACCAAAUCUUGAGUAUAAAGAACUCUGUCACUUGGUAUCUGAAGAAGAAGCAUUUGCCUUUUUUAAGUAUUUGGAUGCAAAGAAAGAAAAUUCCAAGUUUACCUUUAAACCUGAUACAAAGAAAGAGCACAGAAAAGCUGUCCAUCAUUUUGUCAACAAAAAGUUUGGAAACCUUGUGGAAACUAAAUCUUUUCCAGAACUAAAUUACAAUGCUGAUAAUCCAAAGGUAGUGAUAACAGUGAAGUUUCGAGAAAAAGCACACAAGCGCAGGAAAAGGUCUCUUCUUGAAUGCCAAGAAAGAAAAGUUACAUAUACAGCUUUCACUCUGCGAAAGGAGAAUCUGGAAAUGUUUGAGGCAAUUAGUCUUUUAGCCAUCAAACUUGGUGUGAUUCCUUCAGAUUUCAGUUAUGCAGGCCUUAAAGACAAGAAAGCCAUCACCUAUCAAGCAAUGGUUGUUAGAAAAGUGACUCCAGAGAGGUUGAAAAAUAUUGAAAAAGAAAUUGAAAAGAAAGGAGUAAAUGUGUUUAAUAUUCGGACUGUAAAUGAUUCCCUUAGACUUGGUCAGCUCAAAGGAAAUCACUUUGAUAUCAUAAUCAGAAAUUUAAAAAACCAAAUCAAUGAUUCUGCACUUCUGAAAGAAAGAAUUUUGGAGGCAAUAGAAAAUGCUAAGAGUAAAGGUUUUGUGAAUUACUAUGGACCUCAGAGAUUUGGGAAGGGAAGGAAAGUUCACACAGACCAAAUUGGAUUGGCUUUACUGAAGAGUGAAAUGGUAAAGGCUGUAAAAUUAUUUCUUACACCAGAAGACUUGGAUGAUCCUGUAAAUAGAGCAAAGAAAUAUUUUCUUCAAACUGAGGAUGCUAAAGGCACACACUCCCUGAUGCCUGAAUUCAAAGUUCGGGAGAGAGCAAUGUUAGAGUCAUUGCAUCGCUUUGGCAUGACAGAGGAAGGCUGUAUCCAGGCAUGGUUCUCUUUUCCCCAUUCUAUGCGUAUAUUCUACGUGCAUGCAUAUAGCAGCAAAAUUUGGAACGAAGCAGUAUCUUACAGACUUGCAACCUAUGGAUCCAGAGUAGUGGAGGGUGAUUUGGUCCAUUUGGAUGGAGAUGUUGACAAUGAGCAUUUCUCAAAUAGUAAAGUUCAUCUAGUAACUGAAGAAGAGGAAUCAGCUAAUACUUAUGCAAUGCAUCAGGUGGUUCUUCCAGUACUUGGAUACAAUAUUCAGUACCCAACAAACAAAGUAGGACAAUGGUACCAUGAAGUACUUAGCAGAGAUGGACUACAGGCAUGUAGGUUUAAAGUACCUGCUCUGAAAUUGAAUGCACCAGGAUGCUAUAGACAGAUACUGAAAUAUCCUCAUAAUCUCUCUUACCAGCUAAUAGAAGAGCAUGAUAUUGAUGUCAAAACAGAAGAUUCUUACAUUAAUGAAGCAACUUCAUCUCUUUUGGUCUCUUUUGAUCUUGACUCUUCGUGUUAUGCUACUGUUUGUCUGAGGGAAAUAAUGAAGCAUGAUGUUUAAGAUAAUACCCUUGAUAGAAUUAUAUAUAUAUUACUGUUUGAAGGAAAGGAAGGUAAAAUUGCUUGAGCAUCUAGCAUGUGCUGGAAGCUUCCUAAUUGUUAUCUUCUACACAGCAUCUUGAUGAAUUAGUAAUUUGAUGCUGUACCGUUCCAGAGGAGUAUGCUAGUAAGUGGCCAUAUCUGAAUUUAAGCUUAGGUCUGCCUGAUUCCAAAGCCUGAGCUCUUUCUAUUAUAUUGUGUUUAGUAACCUUUAUUCUGUGUCAAAAGCUACAACAUUUUUGAACCACUAAAAACAUA